ACCAUUGCUAAAAUAAAAAUAAAUAUUAUUGUUACAGAUACUUAGCCGCUGGUUGCAGUAUGACUGAAUUGCAUCAUUCUUAUCAACAUGGAAUUUCAACUAUUUCUGGAAUUGUAAGGGUGCGUCCACAUCUGGCGAAUGUGCCGCGAAUGUGCAACUCACGAACGGUACGCGAACUGCACUCGCGCUGCACGCAUGCAGUCACUGCAAUGGUUCGUUGCGCCGCCUUAGCGCAACUCAUACAAGGCUCGUAUAAGGCGUGCGCGCGGCGCGCGAUCUGCGCGUACUCAAUCCUCGCGCUUACAGUUCCAUUUACUGGCUCAGUACUUUCGAAGAUGUCGGACGACACUAGUGCUUUUAAUAUAAUUGCUGCAUCAUUAGCUAUUAUAUUACUGAUAAAAAGGAAAAAAAAGAGACAACGGCGUUGGUGGCAAAAUCCUAUUUUUAAAAGAAAACAGAAUAUAGUAGCGGAGUUAAAAAGCCAUCAAUUAAGCGGCCACUAUGCAAAUUUUUUAAAAUUGUCACCAGAAUUAUAUGAAAAUCUACUACACAUGCUUAGUUUCAAGAUUGCUAAAAAGGAAACGCAUUUUAGGCUACCAAUUUCAGUUGAAAAUAAAUUAAGUUUGACAUUACGAUUCUUGGCCACUGGAGAUUCCUACACAAGCUUGCAGUACCUUUUUAGAAUUUCUAAGCAAAGUAUAAGUAUUAUUAUUCCUGAAGUGUGUUUGGCGAUUAUCAAGUGUUUAAAGGAAAACGUACGUGUGCCAAGGAGACCAGAAAUAUGGCUAGAAGUGAGUAAAGGAUUCGAAGAUAAAUGGCAUUUGCCCCAUUGCAUUGGCGCAAUAGACGGUAAACAUAUAGUCAUACAGGCACCUCCGAAAAGUGGAACUGAAUAUCAUAAUUACAAAUCUACUUUUAGUAUUGUUCUGUUUGCACUGGUAGACUCAGAUUAUAAAUUUAUGUUUGCUGAUGUUGGUUGCCAGGGGCGUAUAUCUGAUGGAGGGAUAUUCAAAGAUACAGAGUUCUACAAGAUGAUGCAAAAUGGCUCCUUAAAUUUACCACAAGAAAAAGCAUUACCUUACAGGACUAAAGCGAUACCCUACUUCUUUGUUGCUGACAGCGCUUUUGCUCUAGAUAAACAUGUGAUGAAACCAUACUCCGGUAACCACAGUAAAGGCACUCCGGAACGCAUUUUUAACUAUAGAUUAAGCAGAGCUCGCAGAAUUGUUGAGAGUGCCUUUGGCAUUGCAUCAUCCAUUUUUAGGGUACUUAGAAAACCUAUGAUAUUAAAACCAGAAGUUGCUGAAGUAGUCGUUAUGAGUAUUAUUCACUUGCAUAAUUAUUUGAAACAGAACGCCACCGAUAGUUAUACAACUAAUUCCAAUAUGUAUAUAAAUCAAUCCGUACCUAAUUUGACAUCUCUUUCAAAUAUUCAAACAUCACAAAUAAGAUAUUCAAGAGAAAUAAACGAAAUAAGAGAUGAGAUUGCUUCUUAUUGCGUAAAUGAAGGCCGUAUUGCAUUUCAAGAUAAAUAUUGUUGAUUUAAUUACUUACAGUAUUUAUACGUUUCCUUGGUUUAUCCCGAUCAGCUAAAAAGGAAAAAGCGUCAUAGGCAAACCAUCUACUUUUGUAAGUCUCGGAUGCACCUAAAAAUAUAGAAUAAUAUUAGUUACAUAGUCAAUUUAACUAAUAAAAUAAAACAUAAAAAGUAACAAAUAGUUUUUUACUCGCCUUUCCCUGUCCCUUUACUUUUUUGACUUUUUCCUU